AUGCCAGAUGGAUAUUGCACCCUGUCCAGAGGCAGCUGUCCUUUGAAAGCUCCCUUGGCCACAAGGGAAACUAGGUUAACAGGUUUCCAGCUUCCUGCCCCCAUUGUCAGCACAGGUGUCGUCCUCUCUCUGUGGCUUGUGAGUGACUAUGCCGUCAGUGCCCAAGGCUUUCAUGCCAACUAUGAAGUUCUCCCCAGUCACACAUGUGGGAACCCAGGAAGACUCCCCAAUGGCAUCCAACAGGGCACAACUUUCAACCUGGGAGAUAAGGUCCGCUACAGCUGCAACACUGGCUUCUUUCUGGAGGGACAUGCGGUGCUCACCUGCCAUGCCAGCUCUGAGAAUAGUGCCACGUGGGACUUUCCUUUGCCCACCUGCCGAGCGGAUGACGCCUGUGGUGGGACCCUGAGGGGCCAGAGUGGCAUCAUCUCCAGCCCACACUUCCCCUCUGAGUAUGGCAACAAUGCUGAUUGCACAUGGACCAUCCUCGCAGAGCUGGGAGACACCAUUGCUCUGGUCUUCAUCGACUUCCAACUGGAGGAUGGCUAUGACUUUCUGGAAGUUACCGGGACAGAAGGCUCCUCACUUUGGUUCACUGGAACCAGCCUUCCUCCCCCAGUUAUCAGCAGUAAGAACUGGCUCCGCCUUCACUUCACAUCUGAUGGCAACCACAGGCUGAAGGGAUUCAGUGCCCAAUACCAAGUCAAGAAGCAAAUCGAGUUGAAAUCUCGGGGAGUGAAGCUGAUGCCCAGCAAAGAUAAUAACCAGAAGACAUCUGUCUUAACUCAGGUUGGUGUGUCCCAAGGACAUAAUAUGUGUCCAGACCCUGGUAUUCCAGAAAGGGGCAAAAGACUAGGCUCAGAUUUUAGGUUAGGUUCAAGCAUCCAGUUUACCUGCAAUGAGGGCUAUGACCUACAAGGAUCCAAAAGGAUCACCUGCAUGAAAGUGAGUGACAUGUUUGCUGCCUGGAGUGAUCACCGGCCCAUCUGUGCUGCUCGAAUGUGUGACGCUCACCUCCGUGGCCCUUCAGGCAUCAUCACAUCGCCUAACUUCCCCAUUCAGUAUGAUAACAAUGCCCACUGUGUGUGGGUUAUUACAGCAAUCAACCCUGCCAAGGUGAUCAAGCUCACUUUUGAGGAAUUUGACCUGGAAAGAGGCUAUGACACCCUGACUGUGGGGGAUGGUGGGCAGGAUGGGGACCAGAAAACAGUUCUCUAUGUUUUAACAGGCAACACCGUCCCAGACCUGAUUGUUAGCACCAACCAUCAAAUGUGGCUUCUCUUCCAGACAGACAGCAGUAGCAGCUCGCUGGGAUUCAAAGCUUCCUAUGAAGAGAUUGAGCAGGGGAGCUGUGGGGAUCCUGGUGUGCCAGCCUAUGGCCGAAGGGAAGGCUCAAGGUUUCGACAUGGAGACACUCUGAAGUUUGAAUGCCAGCCUGCCUUUGAGUUGGUGGGACAGAAGGCAAUUACCUGCCAAAAGAAUAAUCAAUGGUCAGCUAAGAAGCCAGGCUGUGUUUUUUCCUGCUUUUUCAACUUUACCAGCCCAUCUGGUAUCGUCUUAUCCCCGAAUUAUCCUGAAGAAUAUGGCAAUCACCUGCACUGUGUCUGGCUCAUCCUUGCCAAGCCUGAGAGCCGCAUCCACCUGGCCUUCAAUGAUAUCGAUGUGGAACCUCAGUUUGAUUUCCUGGCCAUCAAAGAUGGGGCUACAGCUGAGUCUCCUGUUCUGGGCACCUUCUCAGGAAGCCAGAUCCCUUCUUCACUUACCAGCAGUGGGCAUGUGGCCCGCCUUGAGUUCCAGACAGACCACUCAACAGGGAAGAGAGGCUUUAACAUCACCUUCACCACAUUUCGACACAACGAGUGCCCUGACCCUGGUGUUCCUGUGAAUGGCAAGCGAUUUGGUGACAGCCUCCAGUUGGGCAGCUCCAUCUCCUUUCUCUGUGAUGAGGGCUUCCUGGGGACUCAUGGCUCAGAGACAGUAACUUGCAUCUUAAAAGAGGGCAGUGUGGUUUGGAACAAUGCUGUGCUUCGGUGUGAAGCACCCUGUGGUGGUCAUUUGACAUCUCCCAGUGGCACUAUCCUCUCCCCUGGCUGGCCUGGCUUCUACAAGGAUGCACUGAAUUGUGUGUGGGUGAUUGAAGCUCAGCCAGGAUACCCCAUCAAAAUCACUUUUGACAGAUUUAAAACAGAGGUCAACUAUGAUACAUUGGAGGUACGAGAUGGACGUACAUACUCAUCACCCUUGAUAGGUGUCUACCAUGGGACCCAAGUUCCCCAGUUCCUCAUCAGCACUAGCAACUACCUCUAUCUCCUCUUCUCUACAGACAAGAGUCAUUCGGACAUUGGCUUCCAGAUCCGAUAUGAGACUGUAACAAUACAGUCAGACCACUGUUUAGACCCUGGGAUCCCUGUGAAUGGUCAUCGUCAUGGAAAUGACUUCUAUGUUGGUGCUUUGGUGACCUUUAGUUGUGACUCUGGCUACACUCUAAGCGAUGGUGAGGCACUGGAGUGUGAGCCCAACUUUCAGUGGAGCCGAGCUCUCCCUAGCUGUGAAGCUCUUUGUGGUGGCUUCAUCCAAGGUUCCAGUGGUACUAUCCUCUCACCAGGCUUUCCUGAUUUCUAUCCUAACAACCUGAACUGUACUUGGGUGAUAGAAACAUCACAUGGCAAAGGUGUUUACUUCACUUUUCAUACUUUUCACUUGGAGAGUGGCCAUGACUAUCUACUCAUCACUGAGAAUGGCAGCUUCACACAGCCACUGAAGCAGCUAACUGGUUCCCGGCUCCCUGCCCCAAUAAGUGCUGGACUCUAUGGCAACUUUACAGCCCAGAUCCGCUUUGUUUCUGACUUCUCUAUGUCAUAUGAAGGAUUCAACAUCACCUUCUCAGAAUAUGAUUUGGAACCCUGUGAGGAGCCUGAGGUACCAGCGUACAGUAUCCGGAAGGGUUUGCAGUUUGGAGUUGGCGACGUCUUGACUUUUUCCUGCUUCCCAGGGUACCGGCUUGAGGGUGUAGCCCGAAUCACAUGCCUUGGGGGCAGACGUCGGGUGUGGAGUUCGGCUCUGCCAAGGUGUGUUGCUGAAUGUGGGUCAUCUGUCACUGGAACUCAAGGUAUCCUGCUGUCCCCCAACUUUCCUGUGAACUACAGUAACAAUCAUGAAUGUAUCUACUCCAUCCAGACUCAGCCAGGAAAAGGGAUUCAGCUUAAAGCUAAGACAUUUGACCUUUAUGAAGGAGACAUUCUCAAGGUCUAUGAUGGCAGCAAUAACUCUGCUCGCUUGCUGGGUGUGUUCAGUCGCUCAGAGAUGAUGGGGGUCAGUUUAAACAGCACAUCCAGCAGCCUGUGGCUUGAUUUUAUUACUGACUCUGAGAACACCAGCAAGGGAUUUGAACUUCAGUUUUCCAGCUUUGAACUCAUCAAAUGUGAGGAUCCUGGAAUCCCCCAAUUUGGCUACAAAGUACAUGAUGGGGGACACUUUGCAGGAAGUUCAGUAUCCUUCAGCUGUGACCCUGGGUACACUCUGCGAGGCAGCCCAGUUUUGAUGUGCCUGACUGGAGAGCGCAGGGCCUGGGAUAGACCUCUCCCCAUCUGCAUUGCUGAGUGUGGAGGGACUAUCAAAGGAGAGGCGUCCGGACAAGUGCUCUCACCUGGAUAUCCAGCUCCCUAUGACCACAAUCUCAACUGUGUUUGGACUAUUGAAGCUGAUGCUGGGUGCACCAUAGGGCUCCAUUUCCUGGUGUUUGACACAGAAGAGGUCCAUGAUGUACUGAGGAUCUGGGAUGGACCUGUGGAGAGUGGCAUCCUCCUAAAGGAGCUGAGUGGCCCCAUGCUUCCCAGCAACAUUCACAGCACAUUCAGCUCUGUUGUCCUACAAUUCAACACUGAUUUCUUUACCAGUAAGCAGGGCUUUGCCAUUCAAUUCUCAGUGUCUACAGCAACCUCUUGUAAUGACCCUGGCGUUCCUCAAAAUGGGAGUCGGAGUGGUGAUAGCAGGGAAGCAGGUGACUCCAUUGUGUUCCAAUGUGACCCUGGUUAUGCACUCCAGGGAAUGGCCCAGAUCAGCUGUGUGAAGAUUGAGAACAGAUUCUUCUGGCAGCCGGACCCCCCCACGUGUAUUGCUCCUUGUGGUGGUGAUCUGACAGGACCUUCAGGGGUUAUUCUGUCCCCAAAUUAUCCAGAACCCUACCCUCCAGGCAAAGAAUGUGACUGGAAAGUGACCGUCUCUCCUGACUAUGUCAUCGCUCUAGUGUUUAACACCUUUAACUUGGAACCUGGCUAUGACUUUCUUCACAUCUAUGAUGGGUUGGACUCCCAUAGCCCCCUGAUUGGGAGCUUCUAUGGCUCUCAGCUCCCAGAGCGCAUUGAAAGCAGCAGCAACAGCUUAUUCCUGGCCUUCCGUAGUGAUGCAUCUGUGAGCAAUUUGGGCUUCGUCAUCGAUUACACAGAAAAUCCCCGAGAGUCCUGUUUUGAUCCUGGUUCCAUUAAAAAUGGGACCCGAACUGGGACAGACCUGAAACUGGGUUCCACCGUCACAUACUACUGCAGCGGAGGCUAUGUGAUCGAGGGUGCCUCCACACUGACCUGCAUCCUGGCGGCCGAUGGGAAGCCUGUGUGGAACAAGCCCCGGCCCCUCUGUACAGCACCCUGUGGGGGCCAGUAUGUAGGUUCUGAUGGGGUUGUCUUAUCCCCCAAUUACCCUCAAAAUUAUACACGCGGACAAGUUUGCCUGUAUUUUAUCGUGGUGCCAAAGGACUAUGUGGUAUUUGGCCAGUUUGCCUUCUUUCAUACAGCCCUUAAUGAUGUAGUGGAAGUUCAUGAUGGACACAAUCAGCACUCAAGGCUCCUGAGCUCUCUAUCUGGCUCCCACACAGGAGAAUCACUGCCCUUGGCCACCUCCAAUCAAGUGUUAAUUAAGUUCAGUGCCAAAGGCCAAGCAACAGCUAGAGGAUUUCACUUUGUUUACCAAGCGGUACCUCGGACUAGUGCCACACAGUGUAGCUCUGUGCCUGAACCCCGAUAUGGCAGGAGGAUUGGAAGUGAUUUCUCAGUGGGGGCUGUGGUCCGCUUCGAGUGCAAUUCUGGAUAUUCCUUACAGGGCUCCCGUCAUAUUGAGUGCCUUACAGUUCCUGGGGCUCUAGCUCAGUGGAAUGUUUCUGUUCCCACCUGUGUAGUGCCUUGUGGAGGGAACCUCACAGAGCGAAAAGGAACAAUUCUGUCUCCAGGCUUCCCAGAGCCCUACCUGAACAGUCUCAAUUGUGUAUGGAAGAUCACUGUCCCAGAGGGGGCUGGCAUACAGAUUCAAGUCAUCAGUUUUGUCACUGAACAGAAUUGGGAUUCUCUUGAGGUUUUUGAUGGUGCAGACAAUACAGUGACCAUGCUGGGGAGUUUCUCAGGAACAACAGUGCCUGCUCUUCUGAACAGCACUUCCAAUCACCUCUACCUGCACUUCUACUCAGACAUCAGUGUGUCUGCUGCUGGCUUCCACCUGGAGUAUAAAACUGUGGGCUUGUCUAGCUGUCCAGAACCCACUGUGCCUAGUAACGGGAUGAAGAUUGGAGAGCGAUACCUAGUGAAUGAUGUGGUAUCUUUUCAGUGUGAGCCCGGAUAUGCACUCCAGGGCCACUCUCAUAUUUCCUGCAUGCCAGGAACUGUGCGGCGAUGGAAUUACCCACCUCCACUCUGUAUAGCUCAAUGUGGGGGAACUGUCGAGGAGAUGGAAGGGGUUAUCCUGAGCCCUGGAUUUCCAGGAAACUACCCCAGCAACAUGGAUUGCUCUUGGAGGAUAACACUGCCUGUGGGCUUUGGAGCACAUAUACAAUUCUUGAAUUUCUCCACUGAGCCCAACCAUGACUUCAUUGAAAUUCGGAAUGGCCCCUAUGAAACUAGCCACGUGAUUGGAAAGUUCAGCGGGAAUGACUUGCCAGGAUCCCUGCUUUCAACAUCCCAUGAGACAACAGUCUAUUUUCACAGUGACCACUCGCAGAACCGUCCAGGAUUUAAGCUGGAAUAUCAAGCCUACGAGCUCCAAGAGUGCCCAGACCCAGAACCCUUUGCCAAUGGCAUUGUGAGAGGAGCUGGAUACAACGUUGGACAGUCAGUGACCUUUGAAUGCCUUCCAGGAUAUCAACUGAUUGGCCACCCAGUGCUUACCUGCCUGCAUGGCACUAAUCGGAACUGGGAUCACCCUCUGCCCAGGUGUGAAGUCCCCUGCGGAGGGAACAUCACCUUAUACAAUGGCACUGUCUACUCCCCUGGCUUCCCUAACCCAUAUCCCAACUCUCAGGAUUGCACCUGGCUCCUCACCGUGCCCCCUGGCCAUGGUAUACACUUCAACUUUAGCCUGCUGCAGACGGAGCCCGACAAUGACUUCAUCACCAUCUGGGAUGGGCCCCAGCAGACAGCUCCCCAGUUGGGAGUCUUCACACGCAGCUCGGCAAAGAAAAUAGCCCAGAGCUCAUCCAACCAGGUCCUGCUUAAAUUCCACAGUGAUGGAGCAGUGGGCGGGAUCUUCGUCAUUGCCUUCUCUGCUUAUCAGCUCUCCAAGUGUCCUCCUCCAACUAUCCUCCCCAAUGCUGAAGUCAUCACUGAAAAUGAAGAAUUUAAUAUAGGAGAUAUUGUGAGAUACAGGUGCCUUCCUGGAUUUUCCCUGGUGGGAAGUGAAAUCUUGACGUGCAAACUUGGGACUCAUCUUCAGUUUGAAGGACCACCUCCAACCUGUGAAGUGCACUGCCCAAUGGAUGAACUCCUGACAGACUCUACUGGGGUGAUUCUUAGUCAGAGUUACCCAGGAAGCUACCCUCAGUUCCAGACCUGCUCCUGGGUGGUAAGAGUGGAGCCUGGCUACAAUGUCUCUCUCACAGUGGAGUACUUCCUCAGCGAGAAACAGUAUGAUGAGUUUGAGAUUUUUGAUGGUCCCUCAGGUCAGAGUCCGCUGUUGAUAGCCCUAAGUGGGAAUUACUCAGCACCCCUAACUGUCACCAGCUCAGGAAACAGUGUGUACCUGCGUUGGUCCUCUGACCAUGCCUACAGUCGGAAGGGCUUUAAGAUUCGCUAUGCUGCUCCCUACUGCAGUGUUCCAAGCCCUCCAGUACAUGGUUCUAUUCUCGGCCAGCCUACCACCCAUCCUGGGGGGUCAAUCCACUUUGGUUGCAAUGCUGGCUACCGCCUGGUUGGACACAGCAGGGCAAUAUGCUCCUGGCACCCCCAGGGCUACUACAUGUGGAAUGAGGCCAUUCCUCUCUGUCAAGCCCUCUCCUGUGGAAUUCCUAAGUCCCCCAAGAAUGGAAUUGUGUUUGGCAAGGAAUAUACAGUAGGGACCAAGGCUGUGUACACCUGCAAUGAAGGUUUUCGCCUGCACCUGCCACCUAACACAGAUGCAACUGCUGAGUGCCUAGAGACCGGAGUGUGGAGCAAUGACAACGUCCCCCCGCAGUGUGUGGCUGUGAGCUGCCCAGACGUCAGCAGCAUCAGCGUGGAACACGGACGAUGGCGCCUGACCUAUGAGACCCAGUACCAGUUCAAUGCAGAGCUGAUGUUGAUCUGUGACCCUGGCUACUACUACACUGGCCAGAGGGUCAUCCGCUGUCAGGCUGAUGGCAAGUGGAGCCUUGGUGAUUCGAUGCCCACGUGUCAGAUCAUUUCCUGUGGAGACCUCCCAACACCCCCAAAUGGACAUCGGAUUGGGACACUCUCUGUCUAUGGUGCAACAGCUAUUUUCUCCUGCAAUUCAGGCUACACACUGGUGGGCUCACGGGUGCGGGAGUGUAUGGCUAAUGGCCUCUGGAGUAGUUCAGAAGUCCGUUGUCUUGCUGGCCACUGCGGGACCCCCGAGCUGAUCGUCAAUGGACAAAUCAAUGGUGAGAACUACAGCUAUCGGGGCAGUGUGGUAUACCAGUGCAACCCUGGUUUUCGCCUAAUUGGGAUGUCAGUGCGCAUCUGCCAGCAGGACCAUCGCUGGUCAGGGAAGACCCCUUUCUGUGUGCCUAUCACCUGUGGACACCCAGGCAAUCCAGCCAAUGGCAUCACACAGGGUAGUCAGUUUAACCUCAAUGACAUGGUGAAGUUUGUCUGCAAUGAGGGGUAUGUAUCAGAGGGACCUUCAGGAGCCCAGUGCCUGGCCAACGGUCAAUGGAGCAACUCACUGCCUGUCUGCAGAAUUAUCAACUGUACGGACCCUGGACAUCAAGAAAAUAGCAUCCGGCAUAUCCAGUCAGGUGGCCCCCACCGUUUCAGCUUUGGAACCACUGUGUCUUAUCAGUGCAACCAUGGUUACUACUUACUCGGGACACAUGUGUUGACUUGUCAGGGGGACGGUACAUGGGACCGAUCCCUCCCCCAGUGUCUCUUGGUCUCCUGUGGUCAUCCUGGCUCUCCACCGCAUUCCCAGAUCUCAGGGGACAGCUACACUGUGGGAUCAGUUGUGCGUUACAGCUGCACGGGCAAGAGAACUUUGAUUGGCAAUGCCACCCGCAUGUGCCAGCUAGAUGGACACUGGAGUGGCUCUCUACCACACUGCUCAGGUAGCAGUGUGGGAAUUUGUGGGGAUCCAGGCAUCCCUCCCCAUGGCAUCCGUCUGGGAGAUGAGUUUGUUAUUGGAAAUCUGAUGCGAUUUAGCUGUGAACCUGGCUACAUGCUCCGAGGGUCAUCGGAGAGGACUUGCCACAUCAAUGGCUCGUGGAGUGGUACCCAGCCUGAGUGUGAAGUGCUAUCUUGUGGAAACCCAGGAACACCAAGCAAUGCCCGAGUUGUGUUUAAUGAUGGCUUGGUUUUCUCCAGCUCAAUCAUUUACGAGUGUCGGGAAGGCUAUUAUGCAACAGGACUGCUCAGCCGACACUGCUCUGUCAAUGGCACCUGGACUGGGAGCUCCCCAGAGUGUACAGUUAUAAACUGUGGUGAUCCUGGAAUUCCAGCUAAUGGAAUCAGACUAGGCAGUGAUUUCACAUACAACAAGACAGUGAUGUACCAGUGUGUCCCAGGACAUAUGAUGGAAUCUGACAGAGCAUCUGUGUUGAAAUGUACCAAAGACCGGAUAUGGAAUGGUACCAAGCCAGUGUGCAGAGCCAUCCUGUGCAAGGCACCCCCUCCUGUUCCUAAUGGGAAAAUUGUGGGGUCUGACUUCAUGUGGGGCUCAAGUGUAACAUAUGCCUGCUUGGAAGGCUAUCAGCUCUCCCUGCCUGCUGUGCUUACCUGUGAAGGCAACGGUUCCUGGAGUGGAGAGCUGCCCCAGUGUUUCCCUGUGUUCUGUGGAGAUCCUGGCAUCCCACCCUAUGGGAGGAGAGAGGACCGGGGAUUCUCUUACAGGUCAUCUGUUUCAUAUUCUUGCCCACCUCCUCUAGUGCUUGUGGGCUCAUCAAGAAGGUUCUGUCAAUCGGAUGGAACAUGGAGUGGGACCCAGCCCAGUUGCAUAGAUCCGGCUCUUACCAUGUGUGCAGACCCUGGAGUGCCUCAGUUUGGGUUGCAGAACAACUCCCAAGGCUACCAGGUUGGAAGUCUAGUGCUUUACCGUUGUCAAAAAGGCUACUUGUUGCAAGGCUCUACUACUAGAACCUGCCUCCCCAACCUUACGUGGAGUGGAACCCCACCAGACUGUGUCCCACAUCACUGUAAGCAGCCAGAGACACCCACCCAUGCCAAUGUGGGUGCUCUGGAUUUGCCCUCCAUGGGCUACACACUGAUCUACUCCUGCCAGUCGGGUUUCUCUCUCAAAGGCGGCUCUGAACACCGUACCUGCAAAGCUGAUGGCAGCUGGACAGGGAAACCACCUAUCUGCCUGGCGGAGGUUCGGCCCAGUGGAAGACCCAUCAGCACUCCCCGGGAGCCUCCUAUUACCAAAGCUUCAGUUCCAGGAGAUGUGUUUGCCAAGAACUCCCUGUGGAAAGGGUCCUAUGAGUACAAGGGGAAAAGGCAUCCGGCCAUACUGAGAGUGAUGGGCUUCCAGCCAGCCACGGGCAAGGUCAAUGCCACCCUCAUAGAUCAAGAUAGGGUUGAGCUACACAUGUCAGGUAUUUACAAGAAAGAAGAUUUUCAUCUUCUCCUCCAGGUUUAUCACAUAAUGAGCCCUAAGGAUGUCUCAGUGAGCCAGUUCAAGGAUGACAAUUGGGCCUUAGAUGGUCACGUCUCUUCAGAGUCUUCAGGAGGCGGCACCUUUGUGUACCAGGGCUUUGUCCGAGGCCAAGACUUCGGGCAUUUUGGCCUUCAGAGAAUUGACCUCAGUCGGCUGGAGACAGACCCUGAGUCCAUUGGCCGUCACUUGGCUUCCAACAGCAGUUCGGUGGCCGCAGCUAUCCUUGUGCCUUUCAUUGGUCUCAUCAUCGCCGGCUUCGUGCUCUAUCUCUAUAAACACAGGCGGCGACCCAAAGUCCCGUUUAAUGGCUAUGCUGGCCAUGAGAACACCAAUGUCCGGGCAACCUUUGAAAACCCCAUGUAUGACCGCAACCUCCAGCCCACAGACAUCAUGGCUCCUGAGGCAGAGUUCACGGUCAGCACAGUGUGCACGGCGGUAUAGCAGGCGCUGUGCUGCUGCUGUUGCCAAGG